GCCAAUGGCAGUGGACAGCAUCCCAAAACAACAAAAUUUCUGGCCCUGGAUAAAUGCCUGCCGCACAGAGACUUCAUGCAGAUUGUAGAGAUCCCGCAUGACCCAAAUGCAUCAAACCAUCUGGAAUAUGAUCCUGAAUGGAUUGCUGUUCUGAAGGCUACUAACAGUCUCAUCAAUGUAUCUGCGAAUUCCUGGAAUAUGCCUGAAAACAAUGGACUUCAUGCAAAAUGGGACUACAGUGUUUCAGAAGAAGACAUCAGGGAAGUUUUGGAGGAAGCAAACCAUGAUCUUCAGGUUCCACAUAACUUCAGUGCUACAGUUGCUUGUUAUGAUGGAAAUAUGUCCCAGCAGAACACAGAACCAAUUCAUAGAAUCAAUCCCCAGACCACAGAGUUCUGUGCUCGAUUUGGUCUUACAGAUAUUAAUGAUAAAAUCCAGCAGCUGAAAGAAGACAUACUGGAACACAAAGAUGAUGAUGAUGAUGAAGAAGAAGAUGUAGAUAGUAUUGGGUCAACAGAAGAGCCUAGUGACUAUAGUACAGAUACUUCUGCUUUGUCAUCUUCCGUCAACCCUGAUGAAAUAAUAUUAGAUGAAGACAGUGCUGACGAAGAUCCUGAGACUCCAUUGGACCCAUCACAUGAGUACUCUUCUAGCAUUUCUGCAGCAUUUUCUGAUGUCAGGAUCUUGCCAGAUUCUAUGACUGUGUCACCAAAUGAUACUGCGGACUCUGUGGAUGCUGAACUGGAGAAAUCAAAUGAAAAAAACCAGUUGGAAGAACAAAGUCUUAGUGAGAACUUAUUGAAGAGGACAGGUGGUGAAAAAGAAGAAGGGAAAAGUGGUCCAAAGAGAAUUAAAAGGCGAAAUCAGGCUAUCUAUGCUUCCAAAGAUGAAGAUGAGGUGGAAUGAUGUUCACUCAGAACUAAGAGUAAAUCUUUUAUUGCUAUGGUUCUCUAAAAUAAAUAAAUCUUCUGGAGAACUUUUUUUAAAAA